AUGACUAAAACUAAUAAAAAAAAAACUUACCAAAAGCCAACCCAAGAACAAAUUCAAUAUCUGUGUGAUAAAUCUAAAGUUCAAGAAGUUGAUAAUGUAACCGAAUUAGAAGUUCAACUAUGUGAAUACUUCACUGUUGCUGAAAAAGGAGAUGGAUCACCAUAUACUGUUUCGUCAUUAUUAGCUACAGAACGUAAGAUAACUAAUCAAGCAGGUCGUAAGACCCUUGUACAACGAUUAAAGGAUAUUGGUACAACAGAUUAUGAAGUAUCAACAAUUACACGGCAUCGAUCUUUAUCUGGAAUUGCUCGUUAUGAAAGGCCAAAGGAUGGUGUUCAACAAUUUGCCUUAAAUAAUUUAAUAGCUUCGAUAGAUUCUUCUGAACCUGUAACUGCUACAUCGGUAUCAACAUCACGAUUAACAAACCAAUUAGCAUUAUCAGCUCCAGAACCAACAUUACAGUUAACAGACCCUCCAACACUAUUGAGCCCGGAAGUCUCAACACUAACAACAAACCAUCCAGCAUUAUCAAGCCCGGAAGCUCCAACACUAACACCAUUAGCAAACCCAAGUUUGAGAUGUCCAUUGCAGCCAAUAUCUAAUAACUAUGCUGAAACACAAAAAUUGCAUGAAAUAAUCGAAAUUCAGGAAUCUCAAAAAGAAUUUUUUCAGAGAAAUUUAUUUACGAAUUCAAACAUUACAUUUCAUAUACAUAACCACUAUUAUGCAUCGCAAAAAUAG